CAACAAGUGAAACGACAGGUAGAAAUAAGUGAAUUAAAAAUAUGUAUAUGGUUGUCUUCCGUUCCGUGUAUUAGCAAUGUCCCGUGAUGAGAAGCGACGCAAGUUCCAUGAGGCCGUCCUUAACAUGCUAUAUCCUCUUCCUCCGCAACAACCAAAAGAUGAGAACUCGGCAUUGGUGAACAAUUUCAGUGAAGGUUUUGAUCCAGAUCUUGUUACAGAUGAUUUUGGUGAGACUAGUUCGAACGCUUCCUCUAGCGACGACGACGAUGAUGGCGAAAGCGGAUCUCAGAAGCUUACCAGAGCUCAGCGGAAGAGGCUUAGGAAAAAGAAUCUGAAGAUUGAUGCUUCUCGCCGUGGCCAAAUCGUUGGGCCCCUUUUACCUCCUCCAGGACCAGCUGCGAAUAAAGAGAAUUUUGGAGUUGAAAAUCAGUCUUCACCAAGUGUUCGACGAAAUGCUUCUGAGGAACCUGCCUCUAAAACAGACGAAAAGCCUGGGUCAGGAGAGGCAGGUACUUUGAUCAAGAGCAAAGUGAAGCAAAGGAGGAUGGCAAAGAAGCUGGCCAAAGAAAGCUUGGUAGCCUCUCAUCAAAAUGAGAACUGCAACCGAGAUCAGUAGAACUAAUCCUCAAGUUAAGUUGUUGUGAAUGGAGAAAAGACCUCCAUUUUAUGUUAAGAGUGUUCGUUGUUCCGGUUCAUGAGGAACAUUUUUUUUUCUUUGGUUUAUGCGUUAUAAAAUAGAGUAGCUGCAAACUGUAUUUUUAUGUUAUGUGAUUCUACAAGUUUGUCUACAUUCACAGAGAGAAAUAAUGAUUUCCACAAUUGUAAUUGGCCUCACAAAUAAUCUUUCCACAAUUGCAGAGGA